AUGGAGAUGAUUGAAGAAGUGAGGAACCUGAAACUCCGCCACCCAAAGGUGGAGCACCUGCGUCUUCUGGUGGUGGGACCGGUUGGGGCGGGCAAGUCCACCCUCAUCAACUCCAUUGGUAGCAUCUUCCAGGGUCGUCUUUACCAAGGGGCGCUGGCAGACACUGCCUGUGACACCAGCUUCACCCAGAAGUUGCAGACCCAGAAAAUCAGAGAUGGCGAAAGUGAGAAAUUCCUACCUUUUGUCAUCAGUGACAUCAUGGGACUGGAGGGAAGUGCGUCUGCUGCAGGAAUUCGUGUAGACGACAUCAUCAUGGUUCUGCAAGGACACAUCAAGGAUGGCUACCGUUUUAUCCACUCAGAACCAAUAAAGAGGCAAGACAGAAGUUACCGCUCGAAUCCUGAUCUGCACAAGAAGGUCCAUUGCGUGGUCCUCGUCUUCCCUGCAGACAAGACAGCCAUGAUGGAACAUGAUGAAGAUGGUGUCAUUGCUAAAAUGCGAGAGGUCAGAAAGGGAGCCGCUGAGCUGAAAAUCCCUCAAGUUGUUGUCAUGACGAUGGUUGAUAAGGCCUGUCCUGAGGUGAGGAAGGACCUGAAGAUGAUCUACAGCAGCAAGAAGAUCAAAGAAAAGAUGCAGGAGUGUUCUAAGCAGCUGGGUGUCCCCAUGAACUAUGUGUAUCCAGUGAAGAACUACCAUGAGGAGACUGAGCUGCGUGAUGACGUCGACGUGCUGCUCCUCUCUGCGCUGAAACAGAUUCUUACCUUCGCCAAUGACCAUGUGCAGGAACUGGACAACAGUCCAACUUUCAAUCCCUUGAAAAGAUUGAGUACCAUCUUUUAGAUCUUAUAUCCUCUCCUCUCACUUUUGAACAGGCACUGUAUAUCUAAAAACUGAUUCUUGAGAAAGUGGCUAAAACAGGUUGUAAUCUUGAAAGAAAAAAACGAAGUGAAUUAUAAAAUAAUAUGGUAUAUCCUCGUAGACAAAGGUCUUGGCUUUUCAGAAAUGCACAAGGCCAAUCUCCCCAUUUU